UUAAACUCGACCCAAACAAAAUCCCGUAUCAUCGUCGUCGCAGCCGCAAAGUGAUUUAGCUGCUGUUAAUUUUUGCAAGUUUCCGCUGUAAAUUCCCCUUAAAACGCAACCAUGUCGGCCAGAUACGACCGCGCCGUAACCGUGUUCUCCCCGGAUGGCCAUCUGCUGCAGGUGGAGUACGCCCAGGAAGCUGUCCGGAAAGGAUCCACCGCCGUCGGUGUCCGCGGCAAGGAUGUGGUCGUGCUGGGUGUGGAGAAGAAAUCGGUGGCUAAGCUGCAGGAGGAACGAACUGUUCGGAAGAUCUGUCUGCUGGAUGACCACGUAGUAAUGGCAUUUGCCGGUUUAACUGCCGACGCUCGAAUCCUGAUCAACCGGGCCCAGGUCGAGUGUCAAAGCCACAAGCUGAACGUUGAAGACCCGGUCACGCUCGAGUACAUCACCCGGUUCAUCGCUGGGCUCAAGCAAAAGUACACCCAGAGCAACGGACGACGUCCGUUCGGUAUUUCCUGCCUCAUCGGAGGCUUCGAUUACGACGGUCUGCCGCACCUCUAUCAGACGGAACCCUCGGGAAUCUACUACGAAUGGAAGGCCAACGCCACUGGGCGAUCCGCCAAAACGGUGCGAGAAUUCCUGGAAAAGUACUACACCCCAGAACUGGUCGAGUCCGAAGAGGGAGCCAUCAAGUUGGCCAUCAAGGCCCUGCUGGAGGUGGUACAGUCCGGCCAGAAGAACCUCGAGGUGGCCGUCAUGAAGCGAAGCCAGCCGAUGCAGAUGCUCGACGCGGAAACGAUCGAAAAGUACGUCGCGAUUAUCGAGAAGGAAAAGGAGGAGGAAGCGGAAAAGAAGAAGCAGAAGAAGUGAACGGGGAAGGACGUUGCGCGCGGUAAGGAUUCUGGUUCUUCUUGCAUUGAUUGAAACACACUACAUUUAAAAGAUAUCGAAGUAAUUACAAUUUGGAAUAAAUGAUUGCUUUUUACGGUUACAGAACUGUGAGGAUCAGUAUAAAACAAA